GCUUUCCUCCCACGACCUUUUACUGUUCUGUACAUACUAAAUCUUUAACAAGGGCGAGGUGGAGGGGAGGAAUUUACUGUAAAGCAAGAUCAAGUUUGAGGUUGGACAAAUCGAAUCUCAACAUGGAGGCUGAUCUGUUCCAUUGUACAUGUCUUGAGCACAAGGCUGACCGGCGAGACGGCACGGACCUGGUCUCCGUUGUCACCACCGGGUGUUUCUCAACCGUCUACACGCUUUCAUACAGAAACGACAUACUGAUUACAGUUUGAUUGCAUCAACCAACAAGAACGUGUUUCUCAUUUCUACUCCAAAGACAUUUUACUUCUCAAACAGAUGGAAACAAUGAAGUAUUUACAACUGGUGUCGACUUUUCUGACGGUCAGUGUUUACGGAGCACCGCCAGUGUUCGUGGUGCAGCCGUUGCUGAUUGGCAACGACGCUCAACUGGAAGCUCUUCGGGGUGAUGUAGGGUUAGUGCUGUCUCCCAUUGGAGGACACGUGCUCGUAGUGGCUUCUUCAGCAUCCACUGCGGAACACCAGUGGAAGGAAGAAGCAUCUGAGCAAUACGACGAGGGCACUGAGGAAAACCAAGACUGGAAGGAAGAAACCGAAAACGAAGAACAAAGUAAGGAAGAACCUGAAAGUAAGGCAUAUUAUGAAAAUGGAGAUUAUUCUGAUAGGAAAAAAUCAGAAGAAAACGAUUAUUACAGUGAAAAAUCUUAUGAAGAAUCUACUACAAAAAAUCAAGAGUUAGAAGAAUCAAAUGAUUACACUGAGGAAAAUGAAGCUGAAUCAGAGAACUAUGGGAAGGCAGAGGAAUAUGAAAGUAAGCCUGAUUAUGGUUCAGGCGAAAAUAAAGAUGGCGAAGAGAAUUCGACUGAAGACUCUUAUGACAAAAACGAAGAGCCAACAAAUGAAUCAGAAAGUAGAGAAGGGAAAUCAGCAGGUGGUGAAGGCAAUGUGGAAAACAGUGAAUCAGGAAAUUAUUAUGAGAAAUCCCUAAAUUAUCAGAAAGAAAAUGGAGAAAAUCAGAACUCAGUUCCUGAUACUGAAUCAAAAAGGCAAACUGUAGAAGUAAUCAGUGAUCAGAAGAUUGUUCAAAGUGCAGACAAUGAUGAAAUCGCUUCAGUUAAUGAAACACGUAAGAAAGAUGACAAAUCAAUCAAUCCAAUUUAUCAAGCAAAACCUAUUCACGUGCUUGAAGACAUUGUGGUGGGAUCCAUAAACAAGUCAAAGCUGGAAGAUUCCCAAAAUCAGGACGCUACAAAUACGAAAGGUUCUCAGGAUGAAAGCGACGCCAAAGACUCAUCUGCGGUCCUGACGUCGAGCCCACCUCCGAAGGAAACAGAAGAAGUGCAGCUCUCGCCAGUGGUGUAUCAUGUCAGUCCAAAAUUGCUUCAAAUCGCGCCUGUUCAAGUUAUGGGACUGUAACGGAAAUCAUAGACAAGUGAUCCUCUUUGGGUGAAACAAGGGUACAUUUUAUUUCGAGAAUCUGCUUACAUUAUUGACAAAUCGUGUGCCAAAAAAUUAUAGUAUUAAAAUGCCAUUAGUAAGUAUGUAUAUCAAUAUUAAUCGGAAAAAAAUAUUGUGCUCUAUCAAUAAGAAUCAGAAGGGACAGAUCGCCAGAUAUAUUACUGAUAAACUCUAACAUCUGUAAUUACUAAUUUCCAUUUAUAAUAUAAAAACAGAAUGUGUCAGAGGUUAGUACACCAAAUGAAAUUAUGGAAAUGAAAGAGGAGAUAUGGCUGGGAUGAGAUAGGGGCCCGGGAAUUGGAAAGGUGCAAAGGGGAACUGGAAAAUUGUUGUGUCGUGCCUUCUGCGUGGAGGCCAGAAUGAGAUUAAACACAUUAACAUAAGUUUGACAAAUUCUGACGGGAGAGCAAAUUUAAAAUUCGGGAAAUAUUACAAACAAGCAAUAAUUUCCCUAAGAUCACUAAUUAUAACAACAAAUGCAUUCUCAAAUGCGUAAGAUAAAACCUGUUCAAAGGAAUUAGAGAAGAAAGACGUGCAUGUAAUCUAUAAAUAAAUCUAACAGGAAAAAGUAAAGAAGAGGAUGGACUGCAGAAGAGUGGAGUGUAUCAAACCUGUUCAGCAGAAAUUAAGGUCUCUUACGUGCUGUACUAAGAGCAGGGCCGGUCCAGCAACAACCACAAACAACGCGGAUGCCACAAUUUCGUAAUGAACUACACAAUUCAGUAAACUCAGAACUAAACUCUGACACAUCGCUUGGCUCUUCACAUGCUCGUAUUAGCUGCAGAGGUAUUAUAUUUUUUUGCAAUUUUAAAGUAACAUAAUUUUACGAAGAUUUCUGUCUUCUGGGUUGUUGCGCCG